GUGUCGACCGGCGGUAACUCGGCCGGCAGCCACCACGCAGCGCGCUCACUCCCUUCUGCUGCCGCUCCCCGAACAUUCGAAACUUUGCCGAGCAAAAUCGAUGGCGUCCACCGACGCGGUCAGAUAGAGCAUACGCGGCAACGGCGUUCAAUCAAUCGUCCGAUCGAAUCGUUUGGCUCAAGACGUUUAGCGCGCGCACUCUCCGACAACGCACACACUCAUACACACUCGGCGUACCACCAGGAAGGGUGGAAGCGGGGACACCACAAAGAGCCAAACACCCCCAGGUCGAAUUGGCCGUUCGAUUAAAAGCCGCCACCGCCACCACCACCGCCGUUACCGACAGCUGGAGCUGAUAGAGUUUUUAUUAUUACAUAGGUUUCAAUCAAUAUCCGUGUAAAUUAAUUACGUGUCCGCAGUGAACGUUUUGUUUAAUCACAGUUUUAUCAGUGAACGAUUCAAAUCGUAUUUAAUUGGCUUUAAUGAGUAUCGACGUUACACGCGGCGCUGCCGUUUUUUCCGUUUUCGCCGUUUCCGUUGCUCGCCGUCGUUGUUGUUUUGGACGAUAAAUACAUUACGUCAAAUCACGUGAGUACACAAAAAAUGCUUUCAACAGUCAACCUGCUGUACCGAUACAGACGGAAAUUUUAAAUGGACGGCAUUGGAGACAUGGCGCCCGAGUCGCCGCUCAACGAAGUUGUGGUCGAAACUAUGACGGAUUCACCUCAACAGGAGGUGGUUGUCCGCCGUUCGUCCACAGACCAAACGCGUGAGCUGUGCAUUACCCGGGUGCCACGGCAACAACAACACACCAACGGUGGCGGUAGUAGAAUCGUGUGUAAUGAACGUCGAUUACUUCAAACACAGCAACAACAUCAUCAACAAUUGCACCACCACCAUCAACAACAACAACAACACCAACACCACCAUCAACAUCCAGACGAAGAAGACGAAGAGGACGACGAGGAAGACGAUCGCAUUAAUCAAUGUUCGUCUAUUGACGACGACGACGACGAUGGUCGUUCCACCGAUGUAGUGAACAAUACUGGAAAACAAUCCGAUAAUAGUAACAACAAUAAUAACAAUGGUACUAUUACAGUAAUAGUCCAUCAUCCGGACGCAGUGGCCGAUAGAAAACUCAACCCAAGACUUACAGUAAGUGUGGCCGGUAUGAUUGAGUCUCAAGAUUAUAGCGGGUCGACCAAUCACCGAAAUAACGCUAAUGGUAAUGUUCAAUCUGAACCUACGUACCAGACAUUAACUUCGGUCAACGGCAGACUCUCACCUCCCGGAUAUAGUCCUAAUUCGUCGUCAUAUGCGACGCUUACACCAUUGCAACCUUUACCGCCUAUAUCUACCAUGUCUGAUAAGUUUGUUUAUGGACAUGCUAACAACGUUGCUGGCUCUUUCACGGUUAUGCAAAACAAUAUUGGGCUAGGUAUGGUAGUUAAUAGCCCGUACUCGUACGAUAAAAUGGGUAUGUCACCUAAUAAUUACUCACCUACAAUGCACCAUUUACCAGCGCCUAACUCUCCCCUAUCUCCUCAAAGUGCAUAUAGUCAAAACGGUGAUCUUAAUUCACCUCAAAAAAGCAUGUCACCAAACGACUAUGAUUCGCCGUUCACUCAGCAGUUGGGUCCAGGUGGUGGUAGAGGACCUACCGGCGCUACGGCUGUGGUGGUACAUAGUCCAGAUAUAUGCAGCCAAAACUCAAGUUCACUUCAUUCUCCACCAGCACCCACCGGUUCGGUAGCUAUCAAUUUUGGGUCUACUCCUGUAUCUAUGGCUACGGCCGCAACUCUACCCAACGUCAAUGGUUUGACAACCAUAACUCCACAUCCCGGCAAUGCUGUUUCACCCCAACAUUCGCCAUCAUUAGUAAUUCACCCAAUCCAGACGCGUGAAAUUAUAGUGACGACGUCAUCACCAUCGCCACCGGACAUUCAACAGCAACAUCACCAUCAUCAGCGCAUGACGUUGAUAGCACAACAGCAAAAUCAAAUGCAUCACCAGCAUCAGCAUCAACAUCAGUCAGCCCCCGCUCUUAUAAAAGCUAACACUGUAACAACUGCAAACGUUCAGUCAGCUGGCACGGCUACUACAGUUCUCGUACAAAAUACUGGGAAUGGCGGCAGUGGUUCCAAUAGUAGUUCUAACGAUCUAGAAGAAAUCAACACUAAAGAAUUGGCUCAAAGGAUAAGUGCUGAGCUUAAGCGGUAUAGUAUUCCACAAGCCAUAUUCGCUCAACGUGUACUCUGCCGUUCACAAGGGACGCUAUCGGACUUAUUACGCAACCCAAAACCAUGGUCCAAGCUCAAGUCAGGGCGAGAAACAUUUAGACGAAUGUGGAAGUGGCUACAGGAACCUGAAUUCCAACGAAUGUCAGCUUUACGUUUAGCAGAUGAUACUACUUCAAAUCUUGGUCAAGAUUUAGAAGGUAUGUUAAUGUCAGAAAAUGGUCUGCAAAACGGUCCAACAUCAAAUGUGGGUAGUUACACUAUGGCUCCUUGUAAGCGAAAAGAAGAAACCCAAACUAUAGUUUCUGAACAUUCGAGUACUCCGAAAAAACCCAGAUUGGUGUUCACAGACCUUCAGCGUCGAACAUUACAAGCAAUCUUUAAGGAAACAAAAAGGCCAUCCAAGGAAAUGCAGGUGACGAUAGCACGUCAGUUAGGUCUAGAACCAACAACGGUGGGUAACUUCUUCAUGAACGCCCGUCGGCGCUCUAUGGACAAGUGGAAAGACGAGGAUCCCAAAGCAAUAGCCGCGGCCAAUCACCAAGACGGAGGAAUGAUUAGCUUACAGACCAUGGGUAAUCAUCAGUCAGAAGUAUUGUGACCAACAAUGCAUAACGGUUAGACAUUGCAUAAAAGUCGGCCGUUUUUGCUAACCAGCAAGAAAGUAGAACACAAAGAGUUAGAGUACAACUAAACAUGUGAUUAAUUUAAUUGAUUUUCUUGUUUAUUUUUAGAGUAAUUUUUCUUUGCUAUAUUUGUAUGACUAUAAUUUCAAAUGGAUAUUUUAUGCUGAACAGCAGAAGUCCUUCUCAGGGUAUUGUGCCUAAGUGUUGAUUGGACCCUAUUGAUUUAGAGACAUAAACCGUGUGAAACAUAGCACACUCAUAGUAACAUUCUAUAUUUUCUAGUCAUUUCGCCAUGUUACCUUACUAAGCGUGCAACAAAAAACGUUAUUUUUGAUAUUUUAAUUUCAUUAGACUUUCUCUGUAUAUUGGAUUUUGCUAAUCACUAUAUUUUCUUAUUUUUUUUUUU